AAACGCAGAGCGCGGAUCCUUCGCAAAUAGGAGUCCCAAAGCCUCCGGAAAAGUGCAGUCUUCUUACGCCAGAGAAAAGAGUUGCUCCUCAUAGUUUUAAGAAAGCAAAGUUCAACCGCUGGGGACGGUCACGCACAAGUUGUCGCAGCUAUCUUUAAGAAAUUAAUUUUCGUACCACACGAGAUGGCCAAAAUUGCAAUAAUUGCUCUCUCUCUCUCGUCUCGUAGAAAGGGAACCAAGCCGCUCGAAAUUUCUUCCUCCCCGCAGGGUGGAGUGGAGGAAAGUACAAGAUAUGAGACACCUCCCCCUUGGACAUCCGGGCGGCGGGAGAGCCACCAAGAAGCAAGAAGAAAUCACAUUUGCUAUCCUGCCUCCACGUGUCCCUGUUCUGUGCGUGUCUCUCGCUCCCUCUCUUUUCGAUAUUCCCCUCUCCCUUCGGCGUCAACAUCGGUCGUCGUCGGUGGUGGAAUCUGCGCGCUCCUGUCCCGGUUUUUCUCGCCUUUUUUUUUCUUUGCUCAUUUCGCUUUCUGUAACCGCGCACCGUCGCUGUGUGUGUGUGUGUGUGUGCGAAUGUGCUGCAAGUGCGCGCGGACGAAAUUUUAGCGUGUGUGUUAGUGUAUCUGCACCAUGAAGUGGAAGGGACUGCGGCUACAAUUUAUAGCACGAGAUAAAAAAAAGUCCUCUUAUUUUGUAUUAUGUUGCCCUUGAAGAAGAAAAAAAAUCAAAAAAGUUUUGUUUAGAGUAAAAAAACUAGUUUGUGAUGGACCCUUCGCAGCGCAUCCUUUUCGGCGCGAGGGAGUGUUUACUUAGAACCUACGAGAAAGAGAGAGAGAAAAAAAGCAAGUCUGAGAGAGGGAGUGUUUUUUUGCAUUAAAGGGUGUUCCUAUCAAACAUUUCACUACAGACUGGUUUAUUUUUUUAUUUUUGGGAAGUAAUGAAACAUGGAAAGAAUCAGAUAUUCAACAUUUUUACGAAUAUUAGUCGCUUGAAGCAUAACUCAAUUUAAUGUUUAAUUUAGAAUGUUAAAAAUAGCCAUUGGUACAAAUUUUGAACGGAACACCCUUUACCAGGAUAUUUACUGGCGCAGGAGCAUCACCAAAAUGCGUAAAUUCGCUUUUGUUGGAUUGUUGUUGAUCGGCCCGGUCCUUCCCAGGAGUGUGACGUCCACACGGAGGAAAGAUCCCUUUCCCUUAGCAUAACAUGGUGACUUUUUGCGCGUUGGAACUGCAUAAGUACGAUAAACAAUUUCAGCUAUGUUCACCCCAAGGUGUGAAAGAAUGAACGUACAUAAUUAGUGAAAAACUGAAAGGAAACGUGUGGAACAAACACAAAAAAAGUGCGCCUCCUCUCCCAGUCCGCAACGUGCGUGCGCGACCGGCCCGAGUGAGUUUGUGUGUGAGGAAGUGUAACUGUGUGUAGUGAUUAGAAGCCGGUUCCUGAUUUGCCAGGAUACGCGACACCGGUACCACCAGAUCGUUUUUGCUGGACGCGUAACAACGAACACAAGACCGACCUGCUGGACUGGAAAGCAAUACGAAAACGAACGAACAGUGUAUAUCGCUGGCCAAAGCAAUCGCGCCUUCCCAGCUGCCCAGAGCAGGACGAGGAGGACGAGAAGAGGCCGGGUGGUCAUCACCUCACCAUACCAUUAUUAGCACCGUAUCCGUUGGAAGCUGUUGCAGAACGCCGCUGCCAACUCUCUUUAUGCACUGACCCUCGGUGGCUGUGAAGAUGCCAAUGUUGUCACAUUUUCAAAUGAACUUUCGCGUGUUUCUCGUACUGGCGUCGAAGUUAUGGACAUGCAUCUGCUUCAUGUUCAAGCGGCAGGUUCGGGCGCAUCAACCGGUGAGGUAUCAGCUGUUCCCGCUGUCGCCGGUCUCCCGCCACCGGCUGAGCAUGGUCCAGCGGAAGACGCUGGUGCUGGACCUGGACGAGACGCUCAUACACUCCCACCAUGACGCGAUGCCGCGCAACACGGUCAAGCCGGGGACGCCGCACGACUUCACGGUCAAGGUGACGAUCGAUCGGCAUCCGGUGCGCUUCUUCGUGCACAAGCGGCCCCACGUCGAUUACUUCCUGGACAUUGUUUCACAAUGGUACGAUUUGGUCGUGUUUACCGCCAGCAUGGAGAUUUACGGUGCAGCCGUAGCCGAUAAGCUAGACAACGGACGUAACAUCCUGCGACGGCGCUACUACCGACAGCACUGUACGCCCGACUUUGGCUCGUACACCAAGGACCUGUCGGCGAUAUGCAGCGAUCUUAAUAGAAUAUUCAUCAUCGACAACUCACCGGGUGCAUACCGAUGUUUCCCCAACAACGCAAUACCGAUCAAAUCGUGGUUCUCCGAUCCGAUGGACAUUUGUCUGCUGUCACUGUUGCCACUGCUGGACGCGCUAAGGUUUACGAACGAUGUGCGAUCGGUGCUGUCCCGCAAUCUACACCUUCACCGUUUGUGGUAGCAGAAUUUAACUAAUUUUUUAUGGUGCGCUGUGAGACUUCUAAAAUCUUACAAAUACUUUUUUAUUUUAUUCUAAUCUUAUGAUUACUUACCGGUCUAGUGAAGGGAUUGUGUGUGUAUGUGUGUGUGAGAGUUCUACUACUGAGAACGGUGUGAAACAAAAGCGUUAGUAGAACGGAAUGCAUGCAAAGACCAUCGUCCUCUCCGGGUUGUGUUUUUAGCACAGCCGAAGAUGGUAAAAAGUAUCAUCGAAAGGGGGAAGGGAUAGGGUAUAUGCUCUUCUCCAACUGUACUGUACCCGUAUACCCGACAAACUUCCUACGUGUGUUACGUUGCUUUAUUGACAGGCUAACACCACACACCCACCACCACUCCUCCUUGCUGCAAACGCAAAGCGGUACCGGGGUGGUACAACACACCCUAUUUAAGGUUAACGAAUCGUGGUGGACAUCGAAACAAAUUAAUGCCAAGCUGCUGGUACUAGAAUGGUGCGCAUAUAUAUAGAGAGAGAGAGGGAGAGCGAACUCUGCUACUAUUGCUAGUGAUGAAUACUAGUAAGAAAAAAAGGUGGUGUGUCCAGCAUUUGGUAUGAUUCCUACACUUCGAGGUAAUCGCUUCAAACGCGUGACGAUUAUAAAGCACACCUUGGGAAAGGAAGGAGUAGGAGAGAGAGUGUAUUUGCUAAAUAUGUUUUGUUAUUAUUUUAUCGUCAACCGAUCAACUUCAAGCCAAUGGGUUAGUACCAUGAUAACCAUUAGGAUGAGCGCUUUUUCGUUUGAAGGGUUCCCGAAAACCACAUCCUAAACCGCGGCGGUGAGCAUCCUCCACACUCGUGUUUGGAUUACCUUUUGUUGAAAAUAUUGUGUGUAAAAUAGUAGUUUAUAGUUCCAAUCGUUUUUGGAUAUGAUUAUUUGUACGAGGCUCUCCUUUUCUUUUGUUAUUCAAUCAACUAAAGUGCGCUAUGUUACGUUUUCGCUUUGUUGUGAAUAAAAAAACGAAUAAAAAAACGAAAAACAAAAUCCCGAUUUGAAAGGACGCCGGGAGGAAUUCGAUUCAAAGCUAAACCAAUAAGAAAAUCACUAUGUAUCAUUGGGCAAAACUGUAGCUGCACAGGGCUCGCGCGCGCUUUCUAUAAUCAAACAUAGUUAAUUUUCUACGAAAAUUAGCAAUUAGCACGGUUAAGUUCUGCGUUUUUCUGGAGGGGGCUGUUGUGUUUGAUCAAACGCCUCCAACAUCUAAAGUUACGUUCACUUUCAAUGAAAGCGAUCAACGGGGGGCGCUAAAUCAGUAUCUAUAGCCACCGCCCGCCGCGUGUAUGAAGUAAUCGAUGUGUGAGUAACAAUCAAGAAACUGCAUCGAAAAUCGUCACCCCUUGCCCUCUCGCUGCGUGUGACAGCGCAACAGCCAAUUUGCGUCCUGAGACAGCAGCUUACAGAGGCCGCCCAUUCUGCGCGCUACCAUCAUUAGCUAUAAGAUUUCAAUCGCGAAAGAGACAUUCUCAGCAGCUUCAAAUGUGGUGUAGCCAUACGGGGGGGUAUGGGGAAUUCGCUAUCACAAAAGCUAUCGUCGCGAAAUAGCUAAUUUAAUUUGCUCAAUCAGUCGCAGCAAUAUUUGGCGAUAAAGAGAACGGUUGGCAGAACUUACGGUAUUGCGUCCAAAGACAGACAGACAGAGGGAGAUAGAGAGAGAGAGAGUAUGGAUUGUUCGUGAAUAUUACUCAGUAUAUGGAUGGUUUUAAUGCUUCCGUGUCGUAUCUAUCUUUUGAACUGGAUAGUAACUGGAUUUGUUCGUUACAUUUUGAUCCACUUUUCAUGGUCAGACUCCAUUUUGAUUUUAGUAAAUUUUGUUUGCUUGAUUUACGUGUUUGCAAAACGAAACGGAAAAUACAAAAGACACCGAUUGGCUCAUCUAAAACCAGUAAACGAUGCCCAAUUAUACCCUCACAAGAAGAACACUUGAGAAAAAGGAGGAAACAAACAUGUAUUUACAUAUAAGUGAACGACACACGGUACAAAUGAAGUAAGCAAAAGAAACACACACACACAAACAAUAUCAUGACGUAAGUUCGCCGGCACAAUGUUGUGCGUGCGUAAUGAUGAUGAUGAAGACGAUGAUGCUGCAGAUAUAAGCGUAACAUCUAAGCAAAUUAAGUAAGCGUAAAAAAAUCACACCCAAACACAAACACACUCAACGCGCAAUCCAAAGAGAACGUGCAGAGGAAAUAUGUAUGCGGAAUUAGGAUGAACAACACAAACAAAUGAUGAGCAUAGGGGAAAAGAGAAGGAAGCAGCAGCAGCAGCAGCAGUUGUUACACAAUGUGUUGCGAUAUCGGUUUGUUUGCACAUGUAUAAAAUGAAACACCAGUACAUACCGCCCCCGCCCAGCCCGCGCCAAUCCAUCCGGUCAGCCGGUUUUGGGUUUUGAUAAAAGAUCAGGAAAAGUGUAACCAUAAUCCGGAGACAUUCAUUGCAUUUUCUUUUGAAAAAUAGAACCGUUUUCUAACACACGCAACGCAGAGAAAAUGUGGCAAGCGGCACCACACGCAUGUAUUUCCCAUUCAUCGUGAGUCAGCCAAGUCAGAAAGGCAGCAGAUACUCUUGUGUGUUUAUGGAUGCGAAGUACUGCAAAGUACUGCUGAUAAAACCAGAAACCAGAAGGUACCAGAGUGACAAAAACAAAGGUGUUAGUGCACACAUACAGAGAGAGACAUUGAAAUGUGCUCUCGAGAUAGGACGCUGAUGCCUGCUGGGCAUGUCGAAAUAGACAACAGAUUGUAAAUAGUACUUGUUAGCAUGAUGAUUGAAAACGUGUGUGCAAACAGAAGCACAUUUAACCGUAAGCGAAGCAUGUGAAAGGAGCAAACAAACUCGACAACAACGCAUACCUAGAGGGGGGGAGAGCAUUAAAAAGCAUUAGGACAUACCGGCAACACACACACACACAAACACAGUACAGAAAGAUGGCGAAGCUGGGCACACAUUUGUGAGGACGAAAAUGGGGAGCGGUGGAAAGCAAAAAUCUGGAAAAACAAUAGAACGUAAUGGAAUGUA